AUCAUCGCAAAAAAUGCUAUUCCUGUCACGUGUUCUCUCUCAAAACAAAAUUGGAUCAUUGAAAGUAUUUUGUGACACAUUAAUCAUAAAAAUAAAGUUGCACCCGAAUUUUUCUUAAAUAUUUUUCAUUAAAAUAAAUUUAAAUUCAUAAAAAGCUCUUAAACAUUGCUCCCCGAAAUGAGAGAAGCAAAAGGGGAAAGUAAGGCAAGAAAAGAAGAGUAGUGAUUGUAAUGGGUCCUACUACUACUAAACUUGGAUGUUAUAAAAUGUAGCAAAUCCAUAGACGGCGACCCUGCAACCCUCACCAUCGGUUUAUCUCCAAACAAUUUGCCAAAAGCACUACCCAACUCCGCCACCAUGUGCUCUUUAGAGAGGCGCGGCAACCUCUUCAUCCUAACCCUCACCGGCGACGACGAGCACCGUCUCAACCCCGCCCUCAUCGACUCUAUCCGAUCCGCCCUCUCUCAAGCCAAGUCCCAAGCCACGCGCGCCUCCGCCCUCGUCACCGUCGCACACGGCAAGUUCUUCUCCAACGGCUUCGACAUCGCCUGGGCCCAAGCCGCCGGCUCCCCAUCCGCCGCCAGAGACCGCCUCUUCCACAUGAUCCACCUCUUCAAGCCCCUCGUCGCAGACCUUUUGUCUCUCCCGAUGCCGACGAUCGCUGCGGUCUCCGGCCACGCCUCCGCCGCCGGUUUCGUGCUCGCGCUCAGCCACGACUACGUGCUUAUGAGAAGCGAUCGAGGUGUGUUGUACAUGAGCGAGCUGGAUAUAGGCCUUACGCUGCCGGACUAUUUCACGGCGGUGCUGAGGUCGAAGAUCGGCGACCCGGCUGCCCGGCGGCGCGUGGCUUUGAGCGCGGCGAAGCUGAAGGCGGAGGAGGCGGUGAAGAUGGGGAUCGUGGAUUCGGCGCACGUUAGCGGAGAGAGCACGGUGGAGGCUGCGGUGCGCCAGGGGGAGCAGUUGGCAGGAAGGAAGUGGGAUGGUAAGGUGUAUGCCGAGAUGAGGAAGUCUCUGUAUCCUGAACUAUGUGUCGUGCUGGGAUUGGUUGAUAAGGCCGUUGUGUCGCGUCUUUGAUUGAUCAGCCGUUGUGCUGUGCCUUUGUGGCUUGUACUCUUAUCUUUAUCUCCUUUUUAAUGUUAAAUCUGUUCUAAAUAAUUAUUGAAAUAAAUGCCACGCAUUGACAA